CGUCGCCAAAGACCCGACCAUGCCCAUGACACUCUCGCUCGAUGAAGAAGCCCGACUGUACACAACGAACGCCGAGCGCGAGAAAUACGAGAGCCUCGCUACGCUGUUCGGCAUCAUCAUCGCACUGGACUACCUCGAGCGCGCGUAUGUGCGGGACUCGGUCACUGCAGUAGAGUAUUCUCCGGCAUGCACGCGGCUGCUGUCGCAGUAUAAGACCAUGCUGAAGCUCGUUGGGUCGGACGUGCCCUCCAUAGAGGAGUUCAUGACUCGCUAUCGGAUGGAUUGUCCAGCUGCGUUGCACAGACUAAAGGUUGGCGUGCCGGCAACGGUCGAGCACUCGAGCGAGGCGGGCCCAGAGACGGGCAAGUGGAUCGCAGAGACUACGCAGGGUUUCAUUACAUUUAUGGACGCCUUGAAGCUGCGUAUGCGAGCGAAGGAUCAGCUACACCCUAUAUUACAAGAGCUUGUCACAGGGUACGCACGCUUCAAGGGAAGCAAAGACUGGGAAGGCCGAAGCAAGCUUGUCGCAUGGUUGAUUUCACUGAAUAGCAUGAAGGCCUCCGAGGAGCUGACGGACGAGCAGAUAAGACAGCUGUCCUUUGACAUUGAAAAUGCCUACUCCGAGUUCUUCAGGAGCUUGAGUAGUAAGGAAGGCGGACAACAGUGAAUGCGCCAAGAUGUGCGGAUGCCUGGCUGUAUACUAAAAGCACAGAUCGUGAAUGUAUAACAUAAAGACUGCGUCGU